GGGGAGGGGGAGGGAGAGGGAGAGAGAGAGAGGAGGAGAGAGGAAGAGACCGGGAGGGAGAGGGAGGGAGAGAGAAAUAGAGAGAGAGAGGGAGAGACAGAUUGAAAUCAGUGGCUGUGACAAGCUAUGUAGCCUUGAGCUUGUAUUAUUAUAAACAGUGAGCUUCCUGACCCAGGAAUAGUCCUGUUCCCACUAGCAGCAGCAGCAGCAGCAGCUGCAGCAGCACCUGUGACGAUGUUAGCCAGGGGAAUCUCACAUCGGUCAGCUCUGGCCAAGAGCCGACAUUGCCUCCUUGGCUCAUCAAGAGAAGAUGUUUGGACACCUAGUGUCAGGAGCAUGCAGCUGCCAGCCAGAGGUGGUGAGCUGAGUGCCUUCCCUCUCCGGCUGCAGGGGCCCCGGCCCUUCAGUGAGAUCCCCUCAAAGGGGACCAAUGGUUGGAUGAAUCUGUUCCACUUCUGGAUGGAGGAUGGCAUGCAUAACAUGCAUAUUCGAACCUUACAAGGCUUCCAACAGUUAGGCCCAAUUUAUCGGGAGAAACUUGGCAAUUCAGAAUCGGUUUUUAUCAUCAACCCUGAUGAUGCUGCCUGCCUCUUUAAGGCAGAGGGACACUACCCAGAAAGAUAUUGUGUCCCACCAUGGUUGGCUUAUCACACCUACAUGAAAAAACCUAUUGGAGUCCUGUUCAAGAGCUCUGAAAGCUGGAAGAAAGAUCGGAUUUUCCUGAACCAGUUUGUGUUGGCUUUGGACUCAAUGACCAAUUUUGAGCCCCUUCUCACCCCAAUUUCAGAGGACUUUGUAAAGAAGAUUUACAAAGGGAUUGAGAGGAGCAACCAAGGAAAGUUCACAGUGGACCUCAGUCAGGACCUGUUUCGAUUUGCUUUUGAGUCUAUCUGCAACAUUCUGUUUGGGGAGCGUCUGGGACUCCUAGAAGAUUUUGUGGACCCCAAUGCCCAGAAGUUCAUCGAUGCUGUGUAUACAAUGUUCAAGACUAGCACUCCCAUGCUGAACAUCCCUCCAGAGCUGUUCCGCAUGGUCAGGGCCAAGACUUGGAGGGACCACGUGGCCUCGUGGGAUCUGAUUUUUGAGCGAGCUGAAGAUUAUGUACGGAACUUCUACCAGGACCAGAAAAUGAGAUCAGGAGGCACUGAGUGUUAUCCGGGUGUUCUCUACUGUCUCUUACACAAGAAUACCAUGAAUUUUGAAGAUAUCAAAGCCAAUGUUACAGAAAUGAUGGCAGGAGGAGUAGACACGACAGCAAUGACCCUGCAGUGGUGCAUGUAUGAAAUGGCUCGGAACCUAAAGGUACAAGAUAUGCUUCGGGCUGAAGUCCUGGCUGCCCAGCGAGAUGCCCAGGGAGAUGUGAAGAAGAUGCUCAAAUCAGUUCCACUUCUCAAAGCUGCCAUCAAAGAAACCCUGAGGUUACAUCCCAUAGCAGUUACCCUACAAAGGUACCUUCCAUCGGAUUUAGUUCUCCGGGAUUACAGGAUUCCCGCCCAAACACUGGUCCAAGUUGCCAUCUUUGCCAUGGGAAGGGAUCCUAACAUCUUCUCCAACCCAGAAAAGUUUGACCCCAGCAGAUGGCUCCAAGAGGACACCUACUUCCGGGCUCUGGGCUUUGGCUUUGGUCCUCGUCAGUGCCUUGGGAGGAGGAUUGCGGAGUUGGAGAUGACUAUCUUUCUGAUGCAUAUUCUGGAGAAAUUCAAGAUUGAAGUGCACAAGCUUUCAGACGUGGGGACCAUCUUUAAUCUCAUCCUGGUGCCUGACAAGCCCAUCGUGUUCACCUUCCGGCCCUUCAAGCCCCAGCUGUAACACAGAGAAACAGGACUCCUGUUUAUUUGUUACACAGAGAGUCUGGAGAUAAAAGGGGAGGCAGAUCCAAGCAGAGACAUGGCAAACCCAAGUAUAUAAUGUAAUGGUUUGUCUUGGCCAAGGAAAUUAUUCGCGUCUUUAUCUAGGGUAGGAAUUUUAACCUUGAGACUGAACUUUAAAAUAUACAUACAUACAUACAUAUAUAUAUAUAUACAUAUGUAUACACACACAUGCACAUAUAUAUAUAUAUAUAUAUGUAUAUUUGGAGAACUACAUUUCAAUAUACCUAGUUUCCUUUUGUAAUCUUGUGCAUUUUAUCCAAUUAAAAACAUGAUUCUGAGGAGUCCACAGGUUUCAUGAAACAGACAAAAGUGUUCCAUGACACAAAAAAAUUAAGGAUCCUUGUGGCCUAUGGAUUUGUCUGCUCCUAUGCCCUAUCUUGCUCUGGAGAAACAUCCCUCAAUCCACUAAAGAAGGUGGGUAGAAGCCUCGUUAUUGGAUUCAUUUGAGAUGUCACUCUCCUUUCCCUUCAUUUUUGUCAAUUACAGAUAUGACUGGAAGGAAAACAAUAAAAACUUGUAAUAUCUAAACUUCUCAAAAUGUCCGUUUUGU